AUGGUGGACAGUACCGUGUUCUGGGUGAUCAAGGUUCUCGCGGCGCAGACGUCGCUCGGGAUGAUCUGCAGCCCCGCGCUCUCCAUCUACCGGAUCCACAAGAAGCGAGACGUUGGCGUCGCGUCCGUCAUCCCGCUCCCGUCGCUCAUGGCCAACGCGCACGGCUGGGUCCUGUACGGUUACAUGGAGCGAAACUGGUUCCCGAUCUUCUGGGUCUUCGUCUUCGGCGAUAUGGCCGCCUUGUCGUACAUGGCCGUUUACUGGCGGUACACGACCGAGCGGCGCUACGUCCUGCGCGUUCUAGCGGUCGUGGCUGCGUUUCUGCUGCUCGUCUCCGCCUACACGGUCGUGAGCGGUCUCGGAUACCUCGGGCAGACUCGAGCGCAGGUCGGCUCGACCCUGGGCAUCAUCUGCGACGUCGUCGCUGUGUGUCUGUACGGGGCUCCGAUGGAGAAGCUCUUCCACGUGCUCAAGUACAAGUCGGCGGUCUUCAUCAACGUGCACAUGGUCAUCGCUGGGCUCUCCAACAACUGUGCUUGGAUCGUGUACGGCAUUGUCACGCACAACUGGUACAUCAUAUCACCCAAUAUGUUCCACAUGACGGUCAAUUCGUCCACGCUGGUGCUGUACCUCGUGUUCAGCCCCAAAACGCAUCCACUCCCAGAAAGCUUUCACAACACCGACGCAAACGCUGACGAGGCUGCAAUCUCCAUUGAAGUGACGCCCAGCACAAGUCUCAAUUGCAAGAAAACUGGCGGUGAGCCCUCGAGCCCCGCGUUCCAGUCCCUGUCGUCCCCACUCCAGACGCUGUCCCCUGUAACAAUGCACUAA